AAAGGCUGGUCAGUGUUGUGGUGGUUGGGGGAAGCUUAGGAUGCAAGAUGGUGGAGUUCCUGAUUUUGUGUGGAAGAAAGAAAGCAGUAAAUAGAAUUGCUGCCCUGAACUUCAAGAGAGCCAUCUUUGACUUUUUCAAAGAUGUACUUGGAGGUAUCCCAUGGACUAGAGUGUUAGAAGAGAUCACUCCACAAAUCCUUAUAUACUUCUGAAGGACUAUAAAAGGAAGAAACAUCUGGAGGUUUAGUGACAUUCAGCAAAUACAUUCAGUAAAUAUUGCAUCACUGCUUCUUCAAGUGUGUGACACCACUGUUGCUGUCAUCAGAGAUCCCACGCUGACACCUGCAGUGAGGAUCAUGAUUUUGGAAGGAGCUGGCAGAAUGAGUAUCAAUUCCAGCAGCAACCUACUCCACCAGCAGCCUUCCUGGACAGAUGGAUAUUCCACGUGCAAUGUGUCCAGCAGUUUCUAUGGAACCCAGUGGCACGAAAUACAUCCUCAGUACUGGACGAAGUUUCAGGUCUGGGAAUGGCUGCAGCAUCUCCUUGAUACCAACCAACUGGAUGCCAACUGCAUACCCUUCCAGGAGUUUGAUAUCAACGGGGAACAUCUGUGCAGCAUGAGUCUGCAGGAAUUCACGCAGGCAGCUGGGACAGCAGGGCAGUUGCUUUAUAGCAACCUUCAGCACCUAAAAUGGAAUGGUCAGUGUGGAAGUGACGUGUACCAAUCUCAUAACGUCAUUGUGAAGACAGAGCAAACAGAUCCAUCGUUAAUGGUGUCCUGGAAAGAAGACAACUACCUGUAUGAUAGUGGCUAUGGUAGCACAGUAGAGCUAUUGGACAGCAAAACGUUCUGUCGUGCUCAAAUCUCCAUGUCGACACCGAGUCACCAGCCUCCUGAUUCUUCAGAUGUGAAAAAAACACAAGAUCAUACCCCAAAGUCCCACACCAAGAAACACAACCCUCGAGGAACUCAUCUGUGGGAAUUUAUUCGAGAUAUUCUUCUUAACCCUGAGAAAUACCCAGGAUUAAUCAAAUGGGAGGACCGGUCAGAAGGUGUCUUCAGAUUUUUAAAAUCCGAAGCUGUAGCUCAGCUCUGGGGGAAGAAGAAGAACAACAGCAGCAUGACUUAUGAGAAACUCAGCCGGGCUAUGAGAUACUAUUAUAAACGAGAAAUUCUGGAGCGUGUGGAUGGUCGCAGAUUAGUAUAUAAAUUUGGAAAGAAUGCCCGUGGCUGGAGAGAAAAUGAGAAUUAAGGAUCUCAAGAAAUAACACUUAAAACACCUGGAUGUAAAUAUUCAAAGACUAUUUUCUUAUAUUUAUGUACCAAACUGGGGUGAAAAAACAAUUCUACUUCUGUCGGGAAGAAGGAACAUUAUCAUUGUUGGCGUUAAAAUUAUUUUAUUUGAAGUAUGUCCUGUAUGGGGAAAAAAUGUACACAGUUUUCUGUGAUAUAAGAUAACAUUAUAGAAUUAUGAUUAUUUUUCCCUUCUUGUGAAGUUUUUCUUCUUUCUUUUUUUUUGUUAAGUCAUACAGGCAUAAUGUGAUUUAUGACAAUGCUGCGAGUCAUGCAAAGAAAGGGAAGGAGCAAAAUACUAGGGCAUUUAGGCAGUAUGGUAAUCCACUUUGGAAGGCAGCUGUAAGUGGAGAAACUGUAAAGCAUCUCUGAGCCAAGUAGUCUUCUUCCAUAACCAGCUGGUUUAUAGCUUUCAUUGGCCAAUAUCACUUGUUCCUUCCCUCCAAUUUCUGAAUGUUUCAACACUUUGCUGGCUUCCAGUUGCUUUUAUUAAUCCAGACAGUGGGUUCCCCUUCAAUUGGCUUGUCCCGGCUGUAAGAGCAGUAGCUCAUCAAGGUGGGUGUGAGCAUUUACUGGGAGAACCCAUACUACCUCCACCACUGGGACCUUCUUUUGUAGGCAGAAGUUUAGGACUGGACCUUGCCUGGUACUGAGUUUCUUCCCUAACCUCCAAAGGGCAUUCAGCUCACACCAUGAAAUGGGCUAUUUUAUAACUGACUUAAACUGCAUUUGAAGUGGACUGCAGGAAGAGAGUCAAUCUCAGGGACCAAAGCCAUUAGAGGAGAAGAUGACUGUUUUCUGACUGGGCAAACUUUCCAAAAAGCACCAGUUUCCCAGUAGAGAUAAUACUUUCCCCUAUCUUAUAUUCCUAACUAGAGCAUUCAAAUCCACGACACAUAAAGCAAUGAGGAGAGGGGCAAGCAGAAUAUCUAUUAAUCCAAUGGCACGAGGGAGAAGUCUCCCCAGUUCCUUCAAGUUAUAUGAUCUUCCUGGCAGGUCAAGUCUCAUUUGGACAUUUAUUUUCAAAUAACCUCUGAGAAAUGUAAAACUCAGUUGCAUGUAAAAUAUGAGUUCUCUUUGCUUUUCUCAAGUCUAGCUCUUUGUAUUUGUUUGCUUUUUUUUUUUUUUUUUUUUUCUUUCUUUGUUGCAGAAAAACCCAGCAACAUAAAGACAAUGAGACAUUGGGGACACUUGUAUCUGGGUCUGGGUCAGUAUUUUGGGCUUGUCUCUAUCUGUGCCAUGCAGAGACUGAACAUUCAUUGGCAGCUUUUUCUUUCUCCAACUCACGAAUGCUUCCUGCUGGCACCAGGCACAGGCAGAACAUGGGGAAAUUAAUCUAGAGGAGGCAGUUCUUCACCAGGUCACUGAGUACGUGAGAUGUGGGAGUUGAAAAACAGGAUUUUCUUGGCGAUGUUAACAGAGGUGAAACAAAGAUCGAUUCCUAUUCACUAUUUCAAGGAUUGGGAACUUGGAAAGCAAUGGCAAUUACAGGGGCUGAAAAAUCCAGGGGAAAAGAAAAAGGAAUAUUAAAUCCAUCCAAUAUCCAUUUCCUCAGGCAUCUCUUGGAUUUGAAUCCAAAUUAGGCAGAAAUUCAGCAGGGCACAGCUGGAGGUUGUAAGCUAUUCCAUUUUUUGUUUGUCUUAAAAGGAAAUGCAGAUGAAACCAAGAGACAACAGAAGUAUCAAUAUAAAUGGCAUCAAAUGUGCUUAGCAACAAUUUGUAGGCAAACAUAAGAGCUUAGCUUGUUAUCUACACAUGUAGGGCAUGUCUAACAAUAGCACCACCUCCUACAGUGUGUGUGCCAAAGCUGUCACCAUCAAUUACCUGUACAUGACAAUUUUUACUUUUCAUAACCUGGGUGGAGAGAGGUUCAUCUGAUUUACAAAUCAAGUUAUAAGCCUCUGUACUUCAAAGCUUUUUUUUUUUUUUCUCAGUGUAUUUUUUUUUUUUUUUUUUUUGU